GCGCCGAGCGGGGCCGAAGUGAGGCCGAGCGCGUUCGGAGCGGGUCGAGUGAAGCCGAGUGGGGCCGAGCGGGAUCCGAGCGGGGCCGAGUGAAGCCGAGCGGGCCGAAGUGGGGCCGAGCGGGAUCGGAGUGAGGCCGAGUGAAGCCGAGCGGGAUCGGAGUGAGGCCGAGCGGGGCCAGGGCCGCGGGGCCAGCUCGGUGCCCGCUCGGAACCCGGUGUGCCCGUGUUUGAGGAACGCAGCGCGGUGUUUUCCCCCGGAGCCGUGCAGCUCCUGCCCUUGUUGGCCCGCGCUGGGAUCUCAGUGUUCAGCUCUGGGCUGGAGCUGCGCCUCGGCCCGGGCCGGGAGCGGAUUCUCCUGGCAGCGCGUUUCUCACACACGUCGCAUCUUGGUUCAAAACCUUACUGCAAAUGUCUGUCACACAGCUUUGCUGGAAGGUUAAAAUAUCUCUGUGGUAUUGCCUGAGACUGAUUAUACCUUUUUUCUCUCUCUUUUUCCUUUUUUUUUCCUUUUUUUUUUUCCUUAAAAUUGCCUAAAGCAGUGGAAAUACUUGAAAACUUCCUUCUAAUAACAGGCCCUUCAAUGUGGUCCUUAUUGCCUGACAUAAAGAGAAUUGCCUUUAUCACUGGCUGUCUUAAAGCUAUUGUUCUGAUCUAUCAGUGUGAUUUUAUUUAUUUAUUUACUUUUGGUUUUGUGUUUCAUUCUGUUUGACCAGUGAACAUUGGCUAGUCAAGCUUUUAUUUUUUAUUUUAAUUUAUUGCUGUCUCUAGACAGUGUCUCAUUUUGGUUUGGUUGUGUGAAGGUGGUGCUGGUGUUUGGUUUGUAAUCUUGCAGGGCAGUGUGCAGGGAGGGUCAUAAAUCUGCAGUAGGGUUUGGCGGCUUUUUUUAUUUUUUCCCCUUCUUUUUUUUUUUGUGUGUGUGUGUCUUGUUUUACUUUCAGAGCAAUAACUUAACUUUUGUCCUUGCUCUGUUGAGCAAAAGUGAAAGUUAGAUGCUGGGUGCAAACUUCUGCAAUCAGUUAUCCUUUUUAACCUUUCAUAGCUGUAGAUUCCUCAUGCAGAGGAGGCUUGGUGAAAAAUCAGUCACCUCCAAAAAAACUAAAUCGGGAGCGAUUGAAGCUUUCUCUUCUCUGAGUAAAACAGCUUAAUUAUAACAGAAACAUUUGCUCCUGCAGUCACCUCCAGAAAAAGGCAGUUAAUUAAAAAUCUGUUGCUGGAUCAGCUGGGACCUCGUGUGCUCUCCAGGCUGGAUGGGGAGCAUGACAGCCUGCUGUUAUUCCUGCAGAUGCUCACGGAAGACACUGAGGCAGAGGAGCAGGAGCGUUCUGGCUAGUCCUGCCUCGGCACCAUACCAGUCUAGGUUUGAGUUGUUGCCACCUUGAGCACGCCGGGGCUGUGUUUGAAAUCUUAACAGCAAGAUGUGAUUUCACUUCCCUCCCGGCCCGUGGCAAGCAGGUGCAGGUUUAUGGAGGAGCUCCUGGAAUGUUCUAGCGCUGAACCCCCCUUAACGGCGGGGUCUGGGCAGGCCAGCCCCUAGGGGGGGACUAAAACAGCCGGGUUCCUGUGCCUAAGUUUUAGUUCUGUGGGUUUCUCCCCCUUCCCCAGAACCUUUGCUCUUGAAGAUGGUGAGUAGCCAGCCUAAGUACGAUCUAAUUCGGGAGGUUGGUCGUGGCAGUUAUGGUGUGGUGUACGAAGCGCUCGUCAGGAGGACCUGUGCCCGCGUGGCCGUGAAAAAGAUCCGGUGCCACGCUCCCGAGAACGUGGAACUGGCUCUGCGCGAGUUCUGGGCCCUUAGCAGUAUCAAGAGCCAGCACCCCAACGUCAUUCACCUGGAGGAGUGCAUCUUGCAGAAAGAUGGCAUGGUGCAGAAGAUGGCCCAUGGCUCCGGCUCCUCCCUGUAUCUGCAGCUCGUGGAAACCUCAUUAAAAGGAGAAAUAGCCUUUGACCCCAGAAGUGCUUACUACCUGUGGUUCGUGAUGGAUUUCUGCGACGGGGGGGACAUGAACGAGUACCUGCUGUCGCGCAAGCCCAGCCGCAGGACCAACACCAGCUUCAUGCUGCAGCUCAGCAGCGCCCUGGCCUUCCUGCACAGGAACCAGAUCAUCCACAGGGACCUCAAACCCGACAACAUCCUCAUCUCCCGGGGCAGGGCGGGCGGCGGCGAGGCCGAGCCCACGCUGAAGGUGGCGGAUUUCGGGCUGAGCAAGGUGUGCUCGGCCUCGGGGCAGAACCCCGAGGAGCCCGUCAGCGUCAACAAGUGCUUCCUGUCCACCGCCUGCGGCAGCGACUUCUACAUGGCCCCCGAGGUGUGGGAGGGGCACUACACGGCCAAGGCUGACAUCUUCGCCCUGGGCAUCAUCAUCUGGGCCAUGCUGGAGAGGAUCACCUUCAUUGACAGCGAGACCAAGAAGGAGCUGCUGGGCAGCUACGUGCGCCAGGGCACGGCCAUCGUGCCCGUGGGCGAGGCGCUGCUGGAGAACCCCAAGAUGGAGCUGCUCAUCCCCGUCAAGAAGAAGUCCAUGAACGGCAGGAUGAAGCAGCUGAUCAAGGAGAUGCUGGCGGCCAACCCCCAGGACAGGCCCGACGCCUUCGAGCUGGAGCUCAGGCUGGUCAACAUCGCCUUCAGGGACAGCAGCUGGGACACGUGAGGGGCUGAGCUCAGCACCAGGGGGUGAUUCUCACCCAGCUCUGUGGCUGAGCUCAGCACCAGGGGCUGAUUCUCACCCAUUGAUGGGCUGAGCUCAGCACCAGGGAGUGAUUCUCACCCAUUGAGGGGCUGAGCUCAUCACCAGGGGCUGAUUCUCACCCAUUGAGGGGCUGAGCUCAUCACCAGGGGCUGAUUCUCACCCAUUGAGGGGCUGAGCUCAUCACCAGGGGCUGAUUCUCACCCAUUGAGGGGCUGAGCUCAUCACCAGGGGCUGAUUCUCACCCAUUGAGGGGCUGAGCUCAUCACCAGGGGCUGAUUCUCACCCAUUGAGGGGCUGAGCUCAUCACCAGGGGCUGAUUCUCACCCAUUGAGGGGCUGAGCUCAUCACCAGGGGCUGAUUCUCACCCAUUGAGGGGCUGAGCUCAUCACCAGGGGCUGAUUCUCACCCAUUGAGGGGCUGAGCUCAUCACCAGGGGCUGAUUCUCACCCAGCCUGGGGCUGAGCUCAUCACCAGGGGCUGAUUCUCACCCAGCUCUGCCGUUUUCCCCACGGGAAUGUUGGGUUGGCCCAGGUGGGAAAUGCCAGGCUGCUCCCAGGGUGUUUCUCAGCCUGCACCAGCAGGAGGAUGUUGCAGAGAGCCGACACUACUUGAUCCCAGCACUCUGCCACGGAGUGUCUCACACAUUCCAGUUUCCUAUGUCAGUAUUAGGAACUCUCAUGGAAAAAAAAAAA